UGUGACAGGAAGUAUACGUGAAGUUCGACAUUAUUCGGAAGUGUGUUAUUUACAAUGUAGCGACACAUAACUCUAACGCAUUGAAAUACGACAGUUACAGGUUGUUGUUUUUUUAUUUUGAGAAGCUCAGCAGUGUUGCCAUCAGUUGCUUAUUAGAUUAGCGGGUUGUGAGCUCUGUAACAUGCUAGAUUUAGCAUUUAGCAUACUGGCUACCUUGCUAUCACCCGUCACUACAGCCAUCUCGACUUGGGUGCUCUCUUUUGACGAAUAACGCUUGUCAAUAAGUCCGCUUUCAGUUUCACUUUUUCCCUUAUUUAGCUAGUGCCCCUUCCUUAAUGCCGGAACAUAUUUGACUACCUUGGGUUGCUGUUGCUGUCCCGCUAAAUGUUUCUAAAGUCCUGUCCUGAGUGCUCUGACAUGACAUGGCCACCCACUGAUAGUGGCAAUAGGCUGGUACUGACAAGAACUCAAGGAUGGAUCGAUAAGGCAGCUGUCGUCUUUGGCGACAUUUAACGGCUCCCUCGUAAGACCUGCAAUCAAGAGGGUCAAUCUUUCAUCAUCACAAUUUUCUCCCACCGCGGGUGGCUCUCAUCACCCCCGAGCCAUCAGGAUGUUGGAGGGCCUUGUUGCCUGGGUGCUGAACACAUACCUAGGAAAAUAUGUUAGCAACCUAAAUACAGAUCAACUUUCCAUUGCUCUUCUGAAAGGUGCGGUGGAGUUAGAGAACCUCCCUCUGAGGAAGGAUGCCCUUCGAGAGUUUGACUUACCAUUCGAAGUCAAAGCAGGCUUCAUUGGAAAGAUCACUCUCCAGAUCCCUUUCUACCGGCCUCACAGUGACCCAUGGGUCAUCUCCAUGUCCCAGCUCAACCUGAUUGUUGGCCCUGCCCAGUUGCAGGAGUAUGAUAGGGAGAGGGACAUAGACGAGGAGAGAGAACGCAAAAAACGCCUCCUCAAAGCUCUCGAGGACAAAUUCAAAAAUGAGUGUGAACAGACAGGAGAGUCGUACUGGUACUCUGUGACUGCCUCAUUAGUCACCAGAAUUGUGGAAAAUAUUGAGCUGAAGAUCCAAAAUGUGCAUCUACGAUUUGAGGAUGACUUUUCCAACCCAGAGAAGCACUUUUCCUUUGGUGUUUGCAUCAAAAAUAUAUGUGCUCAGAACCCUUCCAGGGAAUUGGUCCAGAAGCUCUUCAGACAAAAGCAGUUGGAGAUCGAAGACUUCAGUGUCUACUGGGACACUGAGUGUGAAAUGCUGGGAAAGCUGCCCAUUAACCAGAUCCAGGAUGCUAUGAGCCAGUGUAUGCAAAGCCGUGAGCAUCAGUACAUCUUUGAGCCGGUGUGUGCCUCUGUGCUGCUCCGAAGAAACACCUCCAAGGAGCCUUUGAGGUCCCGACACACCCCACGAAUCGAAGGCCAGGUUCAGCUGGAGUCUAUGUCUUUACGCCUUUCACAGGUGCAGUACCAGCAGAUCAUGGCCUUCCUUAAAGAGCUGGAUCGCAGGGAAAGGGAGAUGUUUUACAGAAAGUGGAGACCAAAAGUACCUAUUUCAGGAAACUGCCGACAGUGGUGGAUGUUUGCCAUCCAAGCCAACCUGAGUGACAUAAACGAGCAACGGCGGCGAGGCAGUUGGGACUUUGCCCUGCAGCGCGCCCGGGACUCCCUAACCUACACCAGCCUCUACUUCAGAAGACUCAAAGGAGUUCCACUGAGUCCUCAGGAAGAGAGUGAGCUGGAGCGGGUUGAGGAGGAGCAGACUUUUGAAGAGCUGCAGCUUCUCAGAGAAGUUGUCCAUGAGUGGUUUCGAAAGCAGGAAGUAAUCGCAGAGAAUGCACGUGAGCCCAGCAGUGAGCCCCAGACGUGUUCAUCUACAACAUCUGUUCCAAAGAGCGGGAGUUCAGGAAUGAUCCAGUACCUACAAUCGUGGUUCCCAGGCUGGGGGGGCUGGUAUGGAGAGUCCCAGGAUCCAGAUAGGCCACAAGAACUCCUGCAAAGUCCAUCCUCUUGGAAUAUUCUUGCAGAAACAGAAGACUUGUUCGACCCCUUGGAGGACUCUCACACUUUGAACACUUUCACCAGGCGAGAUCAUUUGUUUGGCCGGUUGGAGUUCUUACUGGAGAAAGGUGGAGUCACCCUCUUCCACCAGGACAAGUGCGGAGACACGCUACAUGAGAGUGGAGUCAUACAGCUGGAAUUCUCUGGGGUGAAAGUGAUGGUGGAGUCUCUCCCUCGCUCAGAGUCCUCCUUAUUGUCUGUAAAGCUGGGAAGUUUGUUCCUUCGAGACUUGACCACUCAGGGCACCAUCUUUCCUGUCCUGGUGUCGCCCAAAACGGGGAACGUUGUUGUUGUAGCUAACCAGUCAUCGAGCCAGUCCAGCACUACUUCUGGAUGCAAUGUGGAAUGCGUUUCAUGCCCAGUGUUUGAGAUGAUUUACGAGCGUAACCCUGUGAGGUGCAAGUUUGAGAGAAGACUGGAAGUAAACACUAGUCCACUGAACAUAAUCUACAACCCACAAGCAAUAAAAGAAGUGAUUGAAUUCUUUUAUAAGGGAAGAAUUCACACCUCGGGUUUUGGGUAUCAGUCAGAACUGGAGCUGAGAGUGGCAGAAGCUGCAAGGAGGCAGUACAACAAGCUGAAAAUGCAGACCAAGGCAGAAAUCCGACAAACCAUCGAUCAGCUGCUUGUGGGAGAGUUCAUUGAGAACAGUAAGCGCUGGACAAUGAAAUUGGACAUCUCUGCACCCCAGGUGAUUUUUCCUGAUGACUUCCAGUCAGGAGACCCAAUGCUUGUUGUUGUUGAUUUAGGCAGGAUUCUACUGACAAACUCUCAAGAUGACAAUAAGUCCAACUCAGUGGCUACUCAGCCAGAAAGAGAAAACAUAAGUGAUGAUGAGUACCAGACUCCUCUUGCAACCCCACCAGAAUCUCCCCCACCUGAACUCGAUGUGCCUUUGAAAGCACAGGUGAAAUACCCUGAGUUUACAAGCUUCAGGUCUCUGGAAGGUACUCAGGCCUACAGACAAAAGCUUUAUGAAAAAUAUUCCUUGUCCUUUAAAGACCUCCAGAUAAUGGUUGGUCGCUAUAAAGACAACUGGAAGCAUCUUCAGGAGAGUGAGGUAGGGCCUACACACGUGGUGGAGAAAUUCAAUGUGCUCUUGCAGCUUGAGCAGAGACUGCGCUACACAUCUGACCCCCAGCUCCCCGGUGCUGUGCUGUCAGGAACCCUACCAGACCUCAAGAUCCAUAUGAACCUUGAGAAGAUGACUGCUCUCAGGAGUUGUCUGGCUAGACUAAACAGUCCAGCUGUAAAUGAAGGAAACAAAGGCCAAGAGAAGAGUCAGACUGUCAGACCUUCUGAUCCUCUUACCCUCCGCCAUGAAAAGAUAUUUCAAAGAGAAGAGAGCUCAUGGAAGCUGCAGGGUUCAGCCAAAAAUCUUACUCAGAGCGUGAUGACAUUGGAGCAGCAUACACGUGAAGUCUUGGUGGAAUCCCGUCUACUGUUAGCUGAAUUCAACAUUAACUACAUGCAGCUUGGUGUAGAGAGUGAUGGGCGGUACAUAUCUGUUCUUAAAGUGUUUGGCACAAAUGCUCAUUUUGUCAAGCGACCAUAUGAUGCAGAAGUUGCUCUGACUGUCCAUGGUCUUCUGCUGGUGGACACCCUACAAACUUACGGCUCAGACUUUGACCUCCUUGUUGCUUCUCAUAAGCAUCUCAGUUUUGACAUACCCACAGGCAGCCUAAAAGAAAGCCAGCCAUCGUCUCCUGUUUCAGCUAAUGGCAGUUCUCCUCCACAUCAGCAAAGCUAUACUGAGCAGUCUUCUCACCUGCCCUCAGAUGGACUCUCCCCCUUCAGUUCCUUUUUCAAAGACCAAGAAGCCCUGAUUAAGCUUGAGUACCAGUUUGUCAGCUCAGACUGCCCCUCCAUGAAUUUGGAAAGCUCCCUUCAGGUUACAAGCAUGCAGGUUAAUAACCUGGAUAUCAUUCUCAACCCUGAGACUAUGGUAGAACUGCUCAAGUUCCUACAGAAGUCUUUCCCCAAAGAAGAAGGCACCUGGACGUCACCAGUGCAACACGAUAAAGCACAACAACAUACAGAACAGGACUGUGGUGAGGAACAAGAUGGGAUAUAUCAGUCCACCUAUGACCAGAACAAAGAACUGACUGUGGAGAUCCAUCGCCUCAACCUGCUUCUCCUCCGUACAGAGUCUACCAGCACUGUUUUAGGUACUGAGAAGAAGGGUUUGAAGAUUGCCACUGCCAGCAUUACUGGUACCAAGGUCAAUGUGUCCAUGGGUAGCCGGUUGGACAUUAAUGGUUCACUUGGAUGCAUGCAGCUGGUGGACCUAACCCAGGAGGGAGGCCGAAGCCAGUUUGUGGUCAGCAUCGGUAGUGUUGAAGACUGCUCCCCAAGUCUUGAUGGAUUAACAUUCCUUCCCAAUACAGGAGAACGUUCUCCUGCAGAAGCUUUGAAUUUCCGCCUUAUGGAGAAAUCCCAAGGAGAGUGUUCUUUGAAACUUCAAAUGGCAUCAUUGCACUACAACCACUCAGCUAAGUUCUUAAAGGAACUCAGUCUGUCAGCCAAUGAAGUAGAAGACAAUUUCCGCUCCAUGUUGAAAAGAGCUGCCACGAAAGUGUCAACAGUUUUAGCUAACAAAACAGCAGAGUAUAGUGGGAUGGUGUCACUCUUUGAGACGCCGUCACGGAAAAUGCGAUCUUUGAGUCAGAGCUGGGCCUAUCCGUUUGAGGAUGAAGAGGACGUUCCCAUGGAGGAACCUGAAUCCACUUUAGAUACAUUCUUAGUAAAACUGACCCUCAACAUUAGCAUUGAAUCACCAGUUGUGUCCAUUCCCCGUAAACCUGGUCACCCAGAACUCUUGGUUGGUCACCUGGGAAGCAUAACAAUCCAGAAUUUUGUUGCUGGGCAAGACUCAGAAAAAGAAAGGUUGCAGGUGUUGGUGAAGGACAUUUGCCUCUAUUCACUCAACAUGAGUAAUUUAGUUGUGAAGAGGCUAGGCAAGGGGGUUAAUGCUGGCAGCGUGUCACCAACUCGCAACAGGAGCAACACUCAGGAUGGACCACAGUUCACACGUCAUGACUUCUUUGAAUCCUUAAAUGAUGGAAAAGCUUUCCAUAUACUGAAAGAUACAACUAUACAGUUCACCCUGGAGAAAGUUCCUGUUGAUGGAGAUGCACAGUUUACUCUCCUCACCACAGAGGAAUCCUUCAAGAGCACAGGACUACUGAGAAUUGAGGGCAAAUUUGUUAAUCCUGUUAAGGUGUUCCUGUGCAAGCCUGUGUAUGAACAAGUCCUCCAGACACUGGACAAUUUGUCUCUGACUGAAGAGCAACAUGUUACACCGAGCCAGCCGCCCACACCCCCACCACCAACACCUUCCUGCACCAAACCUCACCGCUUUCCCGACCCCCAGGGAGGAAUGUUUGCAAGGGACCCUCCUCACUUCAGCUUCUCUCACAUGUCACUUUCAUCUCCUUUGCCUCUACAGUCAAACAAACAUACAAUUGACUCUUCCUCGUUCACUCAGCUAAAAGUCACCUUACAUGUGGCAGAAUUGCAGGUUCAUCUCAGUGCUGAUCUAACACAGGGGUCCCAGGGCUUAGUCAGUUUGCGCUUCCAAGAUUUGGAGGGAGACUUUACCAAGGAUCACCCUCAUUUACUGGAAAUCCAGCUGGCUCUUCGUUCCCUGCUCAUGGAAGACCUUUUGGAGCAGAAUCCCGAGUCCAAGUACAAACAUUUGAUGGUGUCGCGUGGAGCUCCCAAACCUUCCACCUUUAGUCCAAAGGAGUACCUUUCUCAAAGCUGUCCGUCAGCAUCUAAUGCUCUGUACCCAGUCAUGCCUCGGUCACUGCCCGCUCACAUGGAGGAGGCUCAGAAUGUCUUCCAGCUGUACCAGAGGCACCCCAGCAACCCUUCAUCUAGCAGUCGCAAAUCCAAGAGGGGCCCGGACUGUCCCUGCACUCCUCCUCCUUCUCCGAACCACCACACACCCUCUCCUAACCCACCACCAGAUUUUGAUGAGUCAUUAGUCCAUAUCAGUGUACAGCUGGUUGACCAGAACCAUCCAGAGUUCAGAACGCGUUAUGGGAGCGUAGGCCGAAGUGUGGACGUUGACUUUAACUGCCUGGACGUCUUGAUCACGCUGCAGACCUGGGUGGUUAUUCUGGACUUUUUUGGUGUUGGCUCUACUGCCAAUAAUCAUGCAGUCAAGGUGCCUGUGACACCCCAGCCCGCGCCAGGAGAGCCUCUCUAUGAGCCAGACAGCAGUGAGAAAGACAAAAGAGAGCCUGUCAACACCAAAGUCGACCUAAAGGUUCAUUCUUUGUCUCUUGUACUGAACAAGAAACUCAAUGAGCUUGCCAAAGCAAGUGUGUCCAAAUUAUCUGCUCAUCUGGAGAUGUUUGAUGGUGACAUGGCAUUACAAGGAGCUUUAGGAAGUUUGUCCCUGAGUGACCUGACCCCACAUGGUGAUCUCUACAGAGAGCGUUUCACUACACAAGGAGGGGAGGCACUGAUCUUCAAUAUUCUUAAGUAUGGCCAGCCUGACCCCGACCUGGAGCGGGAAUGUGACAUCAAGGUGUCUUUGCAGAUGGCGUCAGUGCAUUACGUGCACACACAGCGCUUUCAAGCUGAGGUGGCAGCCUUCAUCCAACACUUCACUCAGCUACAGGAUGUGCUAGGCCGGCAGCGGGCUGCAGUGGAGGGCCAGCUUGUACGAGAUCAGCCUCAGAGGGCAUCCAGACUCCUGCUGGAUAUUGAGGCUGGUGCCCCAGUUAUUCUCAUCCCAGAGAGCUCCUGGUCACCAAGGCUCAUUGUAGUCAACCUUGGUCAGCUGAGGGUGAAGAACCACUUCCUUCCUGCAGGGGCGUAUGGGACUUUUUCCCUCAGAGACAAGGUAGAGAAACUGACCAUGGCACAUGCCUUUUUCCCUUCUCUGGAGCAUGUCCAGAGUGCAGCAGAGAGGUGCAGUGAUCAGGAGACGUGCAGAGUCUCCACAUCCAGUUCGACCUCAUACACAGGUUUCACCUCUGGGAGGCCACAAACCGUAGACACAGAGAAGACACCUGAGAAGGAUGGCCCUCGCAGUUUAGAAAACCAUGUGUGCUUGUUGGACUGCAUUGCAUUGGACCUGCAGGAGAUGGAUAUCUUUGCUGCAGAGCAUUUGCCAAGUCAACCUUUGGACAGUGGUGGUAAACCUCUUGAAUAUUCAGACCUGGUCUUUCCUUCCUAUUGUGUCCGUCGCACCGGAAACAACCUGCUGAAAGACUGCUGCCGCCUCGAACUUAAAGUGGAGCGCAACCUGGACAAAGAGCUCAGCCAUGUGGUACCCGACAUGUCCAUCCAAGGCAGCCUGUCAUCGGUACACUGCUCUCUGGAUGUGGACCACUACCAACUUGUCAGAGGGCUACUGGAAAACAACCUGGGAGAGCCUAUUGAAGAGUUCCUGCGACCCUACAACCUGCAGGAUCCCAGCACCUAUACGGUGUUGAGUGGAGAUGUUUAUACCAACUUUUCAUUCUUGUUGAACAUGAUGGAUGUCAGUUUGGAGCUACUGUACAAUCCCCAAAACAGUGAACACAAAUGCUCACUAGCAAGGUUCGACUUCCUUAAAUCAAAGCUGCUCUUUGAGAGUCUCUCUAAUGGAUCCAAGUCUGUCAACCUGGUGUCUCAUUCCCUGCUGGCAUAUGACACUCGAUACACCGGGUUAAAUAAAAGAGCCGGUGAAGAUGAUGGGGCAAGGCACAAUGUAUUUGAUUGCAUUCUCCAGGCAUCCAAAACAGGCACCAACCGGGCAUCCUUACAGCUUGAACUGCAUUAUAGAUCCACACGUGAGUCUUCCAGCUUCACAGUGGUCCUCAACAACCUCAGGGUCUUUCUCAUCUUUGACUGGGUCCAGCUGGUACAGGACUUCCUGCAGAAGCCGACUGAGAAGAUACCCAGUGAUGCCAAACAUCAUCAGCGCUGGCCUAGUAACACUAGCACAGAUUCAGGUUCCUGUACCAUGGCCAGUACAAUAGGAACUGUUAUGCCAAAGACAGUCAAGAGUGGGGUAGUCACCAAGAGGUCCACAGUGUCGGUCACCCAGGAGCGCUGCCUUGAGAUCAAGAUCAACGUCACAGGAACAGAGUUUGUGGUUGUGGAGGAUUCGUCCUGCCUGGAUACCAAUGCCAUCAUUUUAAAGGGCACCACUGUCCUUACCUACAAACCCCGUCUGCUGGACCGACCCUUCUCUGGCAGCCUGGCAGGAAUAGAGGUGUUCUCAUGUCGGCUGGGCAGCGAGCAGGAAACUGCACUCUCCAUCAUCGACCCGGUCAAUAUCCAGCUGGAGCUGUGUGGGAGCCCCACAUACCAAAGCAGUUCAGGUCUGUUGGACGCCUUCAAUGUAGAGGACAUCCCACCGCUGCUGGAGAUUCAGUUUCCAGCUCUAGACAUCCGUCUGUCCUACAACGACAUACAGCUCUUCUUGGCCAUCACCAAGUCUCUCCCUACUGCCAGUGCCCCACUGCCUCAUGUCUCUGACACCACUGCUCCCCCCACCAAAGGAGCCAGCCCUGCACCCAAAGACAUCUUCAGGCAGAAGACUGAGUCCCUUAUAGAGGGUCAGCUAACCCACUUAGAAGACCUUGGUUUCAGGAAGGAGGACUGCAAAACAGCCCUGAUCCACUGUAAAGGUCAGCUGGAUCAAGCUGCAACAUGGCUGCUGGAGAAUGCUGAGAAUAUAGCAGGUCAUCAUCGAGCCAGGGCUAGCUCUGGGACCAGCAGCCACUCGGCUCCUUUGUCAGGAGUGGAGGUGAAGGCUGAUAGCAUCUGCAUCUGUUUCAUCGAUGACUGCCUGGACUGUGACAUUCCGCUGGCAGAACUAACCUUUUCCAGACUUUACGUGCUGCAGCGCAUUGGUUCCAUCCAUGAAGGCAACGCUAGCUUCACUCUGUCUGGAGACUACUACAACAGAGAGCUGUCAGGCUGGGAGCCCUUUAUUGAGCCCUGGCCCUGCAUCCUUUCGUGGCAGCAGCAGGCCGCCGGUCGUCUCCAUCCUCCACGUCUUAAGAUGGGGAUUCGAGCCAAGCAGAGACUGGACAUCAACAUCACGUCUGUCCUGCUGGAACAAUACACCACCACCAAGAGCUCCUGGAUAGCUGACUACUGUAAUGAGGAGGACCAGCCCCCCCAGACGUCGCCCCCUAUGCCCUGGAUAGGCUCUUCAGUUGAUCCACCCAGCUUUGGGCAAAGUGCGCCUCUUGCUCACCUUAGAACUAGGAGCACAGCCAGCUUGACUUGCCUCGAGCAGCAGAUUCAUUCCAGAGAUGUCAAGUUGUCUAAGAAGAGGCAGCCCUUUGUCCCCUAUGCUCUACGCAACCAUACUGGAUGUACUAUGUGGUUUGCCACUAUGACUACAACACCCACCAGGGUAGCACUCUCCCACAGCAGUAGUGCAGACUCCAUUUCUGAUGUCCACAGUUCAGGAUCUGAUGACAGCCACAAUGUGAGCCAGUGGAGAGAGGUGCUGCCUGGGGAGGAGAUUCCCUUUGAGUUUGAAGCCCAUGAGAAACUCCGUCAUCGACACACUCAUGAGCUGAAACUGCACCAGCUGCUGGUUCGUGUAUGUGGAUGGGAGCAAGUGAAGCCGGUGUCUGUGGACAAAGUGGGCAUUUUCUUUCGUUAUGCAGCUCCAGACAGGAGCAGCUCUUCCAACACUGUCGGCAGCCCUAUCAGCAGGACCAACAUUAUCCACCCACACGUUUACUUCUCUGCCCUGCCUCCUGUGAGAGUGGUCUUCUCCAUCACAAUGGAGGGCAGUGCCAGGAAGGUGGUCACAGUCCGCUCUGCCCUCAUGGUCAAGAACCAACUGGAUGUUCCUAUGGAGGUCAGACUGGAUAGCCCCUCCGCGCCUGACAAACCAGUAGUGUUGCCUCCAAUUCUGCCUGGCCAGGCCUUGGCAGUCCCCCUCCACUUGACCUCCUGGCGGCUGCAGUCUCGGCCUAAAGGCCUGGGCUUGUUCUUCUGUAAGGUUCCUAUCCACUGGACCACGGUGGAGCGGCCUGGAGAGAUCAGCAGCAGUAAGAGGGAGUGUCAGUCAGCAGACUUUGAUGACAGCCUCAAGCUCAACUUCAGGUUUUGCGUGGUCAUAAAAAAGGAGAACUACCCAGACCAGCAGCCUGCCAACAAAUACGUUUCUGGCAGUACAAAGCAAAUCUAUCGACAGCCAGGGCACACGAUCUACCUUCUGCCUACCAUGGUGCUGGCCAAUUUGCUGCCCUGUGACAUCAGCUACUACAUUAAAGGAAUGUCCAUUAAAGGCUCAUUGAAGCCGGGAAAAGAGGCUGUGCUCCAUGCUGCUGACACCUCACAGAACAUGGAGCUGGGAGUCCUGCUGGAGAACUUCCCUGUGUGUAAAGAGCUGCUGAUUCCUCCGGGAACUCAGAACUAUGUAGUGCGCAUGCGGCUGUAUGACACCAACAAACGUCUUCUUUGUCUCACCAUUCGCAUCAUUUUACGAGCACAAGGAGCAUUAAAAAUCUUGAUUUCUGCCCCCUACUGGCUUAUCAACAAGACUGGUCUGCCAUUAAUUUUCCGUCAGGACAAUACCAAGACUGAUGCAGCAGGCCAGUUUGAGGAGCACGAGCUGGCCCGUAGCCUCAGCCCGUUACUCUUCUGCUACACCGACAAGGAACAGCCUGCCAUGUGUACAAUGCGGAUUGGUAAAGGGAUCCAUCCAGAUGGAAUUCCUGGCUGGUGUCAAGGCUUCUCCCUGGAUGGAGGAAGUGGAGUCAGAGCAGUCAAAGUGAUCCAACAUGGAAACAGGCCUGGCCUCAUUUACAACAUAGGUAUCAGUGUGCGCAAAGGAAAAGGACGCUAUAGAGACACACACAUCGUAACCUUUGCCCCACGCUACCUGCUGGACAACCGAUCUACACACAAACUGGCCUUUGCUCAGAGAGAAUUUGCAAGAGGAAAGGGUACGGCCAACCCGGAUGGUUACAUCUCCACCCUGCCAGGCUCCAGCGUUGUCUUUCACUGGCCACGAAAUGAUUAUGACCAACUGCUAUGUGUGCGCUUCAUGGACAUCCCCAAUUGCACAUGGUCAGGAGGUUUUGAGGUUAACAAACCCAAGUCUUUUCAUGUAAAUAUGAGGGACACACUGGGGAAUUGUUUCUUCCUACGGACAGAGAUCACCCUCAAGGGAGCCACCUACCAGAUCUCCUUUACUGACACUGACCAGCUGCCUCCUCCUUUCCGCAUUGACAACACCUCUGAGGUGCCUAUUCGAUUCUGGCAGCAUGGUGUAGUUGACAUGCAGCUGCACACUGAGGUGAAGCCAGGCGCAGUGCUAGACUACGCAUGUGAUGAGCCUACAUUGCCCCCAUGCCUCAUACUCACUGUGAAGGGAGCUGGAUCUUCUGAGGUCACAGCUGACAUGAACUUCUUCCGAGAAUACAACAAACUCUACUAUGAGAACUUCAUCUACAUCGCAGCCACGCACACUUUCUCACAGAUUGUCGAGAGACGACUUGUUGGGAAGAAGUGUUUGGUGAGCUGUGCUGAACUGGUUCUAGAUGUGGACACUAAGACUCAGAGGGUCAUCCUGAGGAAGAAGGAACCAGGAAAGCGUUCCCAGCUGUGGAGGAUGACUGGGACUGGCAUGCUUUGUCAUGAAGGUUCAUCUCCACCACAGAGCAAACCAGCUCAGCCACGCCCACUGGACUCCUCUCUUGUACUGGACAUCGCUGGACUUGCAGCUGUUAGUGACAACAGUUUUGAGCCACUAAUGCUGAGGAGGCCAGACUCACGACGCAGCACCACCCAGACAUGGUACUUCAGCUCAGGCAUGCUGACCUGUGGCCUGCCUCGACUGGUAGUACAGGUGAAAGGUGGGGUUGCGGGUCUGUAUGAUGGAGCAGAGGUGGUUCUGGGACCAGAUUCUGGACUUCUGGAGCCUAGUCUUGAGCAGCAGUUCAUCAACCAGAAGAUGAGGCCGGGUUCUGGGGUUCUGUCGGUCCAGGUGCUGCCAGAUGGACCCACACGUGUCUUACAGAUCAGUGACUUCAAUCAGAGGAGAAUGAUGAGGAGCUCACCUAGUACAGAACAGGAUCGGGGCAAAGAUGACGUGAAGAAGAGAGAGGCUGAGCAGGAGCUGGAGGUGUUGGUGAACUUGGAGGAGGGGCUAGGGCUGUCUCUGGUCAACAAGGUUCCUGAGGAGCUUGUUUUUACUACGCUGUCUGGUAUAGAUGUCCACUUUACUCGCACUGCUGCCAAUGAAGUGUUGGAGCUGAGCAUCCACAAUAUACAGGUGGAUAAUCAGCUCUUGGGUACCACUCAUCCUGUCAUGCUGUGUGUGACUCCCAGUUCCAGUGAGAGCAGUGUAAGUGACAGUGGCCCAGCGAUGCAAGUCAAUUCAGUCAAGGUUCCUAGCAGCCUCAUGCUUACUGACCUCUACAAGCACCUGAUGGUGACAGCUCGUCACUUCACUGUCAUAAUUGAGGAGAAGUUGCUGCUCAAGCUGCUCAGUUUCGUUGGAUAUGGACAGACAGAUGCUGAGCUGGAGAAGUUGGAUGAAAACCUCCGUGACAAGCCCAACGAGGACACUGGACCUCACAAACGGUACUACUUUGAGAAUUUGAAGAUCAGCCUUCCUCAGGUCAAACUGAGUGUCUUCACCUCUCACAAGCUGCCUGCUGAACUCAAGGCCCUGAAAGGUACCCUGGGCUUUCCUCUAGUUCGCUUUGAAGAUGCAGUCAUCAACAUGUACCCAUUCACAAGAGUGCAUCCCUAUGAAACACAGGAGAUCAUCAUCAAUGACAUCCUUAAGCACUUUAGAGAGGAGCUCAUCAGUCAAGCGGCUCAGAUACUUGGGUCUGUGGACUUCCUGGGGAACCCCAUGGGCCUCCUAAAUGACGUCUCUGAGGGCAUGACUGAACUCUUCAAACAUGGCAAUGUGGGUGGUCUCAUACGCAGUGUAACCCACGGUGUGUCCAACUCUGCAGCCAAGUUUGCAGGGACUUUAUCAGAUGGGCUGGGAAAGACUAUGGACAAUCGGCACCAGAAUGAACGAGAGUACAUCAGAUACCACGGAGCCACCAGUGGAGAGCACCUGGUAGCAGGGAUUCAUGGAUUGGCUCACGGUAUCAUUGGAGGCAUGACGAGCAUCAUCACUUCCACAGUGGAGGGUGUGAAGACGGAGGGUGGGGUCGGUGGCUUCUUCUCUGGCCUGGGUAAAGGCCUUGUUGGUACUGUGACCAAACCGGUGGCUGGAGCUCUGGACUUUGCAUCAGAGACAGCCCAGACAGUCCGUGAUAUGGCUAGUCUAAGUAAUCAUAGGCUCACUGUGCAGCGUGUGAGGAAGCCCCGCUGCUGUAAGGGACCCCAGGGUCUGCUGCCUCGAUACUCAGCCACACAGGCGGACGGUCAGGAGCAACUGUUCCACCUCACAGACAACAUUCACUCCGAGUUCUUCAUUGCUGUUGAGCCCAUCGACACGUACUGCGUACUCAUCUCCUCGAAAGUUGUCUACUUCCUGAAGCCAGGUGACUUCGUGGAUCGUGAGGCCAUCAUUCUGGAGGUCAAAUACGAUGACCUCUACCACUGUCUGGUAUCUAAGGAUCAUGGGAAGGUAUAUGUGCAACUCACCAAGAAGGCUGAGAAUACUAGCAGUGGUGUGGCAAUUCCCGGUCCUUCCCACCAGAAGCCCAUGGUCCAUGUGAAAAGCGAGAGCCUCGCCAUCAAAAUAUCUCAAGAAAUCAACUACGCCAAGAGUCUGUACUACGAGCAACAGCUCAUGCUUCCUUCCACUGAGAAUGAGGACUGCUUACUGCUUGAAUCCUGAUCAGGACUUUUGGAGAUGGUGUCUGCAGGAUUGUGGGGCAUUUAAUUGAUUUUUGCAGAUAACAGUUUUUUUAAAUCUGUUUUGACAAACAGCAGUAAAGGGUACUGGGUACAGAUACGUGACCUGAUGUUUCAGAAAGCACAGACAUGUACAGGAUAGAAAAAAAAUAAAACUUGCACUGCAGUGUUCUUUUCACUGUGUAUAUGUAGAAAGCCCUUGUACUGCAUUUGGCCUUUGCAUUUAUGACUUUUAUGGCUGUAGUUGUACACAUUCCACAACAGUUCUAUAUAUUUGUGACUAGACUUAAAUGUAAAUAGAGCUGCAUACCAAGAGUAUAAAUUGUUGUACAUACUCUAUUAUGAUGAAAUAUAGAAAGUCACAACUAAAGUGGAUUAUGUAAGAAACUGCCUUUACAAAUGUAUUUUGUGUAAGAGUCUAUUAGAGAUGGGGACAUUGAUUUGCACUGACAUUGGGGUGGGACAUGCAGCCCCCUCAUCCUUUCAAUUAUACACACUGGAGUGUCCGUCAUCGCCUACACUGCUUUUUACAAUCAUAAAUCUAAUGUGUCUAAUUUUAUUUAGCUACCCUUUUUUAAUGACCUCAUAAUGAGCCUUCUAACCAAACUUUAAAGCAAAGUGAGGGCUUCCUUUUUACCUUUUACUCUGAGCAGCCCCAUACGAUAGGAAGCCACUGUUUGCAGGUGUGCGUGCACGUGCGUUAUCACAGGCCUGUCAGAGAGAUGACACACUCGGUCUGUGAUCCUGUUAAAAUGGUAAGAUUUAAAUAGACACUACUUCAAAUAAAGCACCAGAUUGCAGUACUCACUGUGGGGAACGCA